GUUGAAAUUUCUCGUCCAUUCAUUUGCAGAGAACGGGGGUAGACCCCACCUUCUCCAGCACGGCCUGGGUGGAGGGCGUUUAGAAAAGCGGUGGUGAAAACGGCAAGAAAACACUGGAGAGUUUUUUUUUUUGGUUCUUCUUCUUCUUUCUGAAUCAGAAAGUGCACACCAGGUUGGGGUUUCAGGGAGAUGUCGAAGCUUUUCCGAGCCGUGAUCUUGGGUCCUCCGGGCUCGGGGAAAGGCACCAUCUCGGAGCGGGUGGCGAGCAUCUUCGGCCUGCAACAUCUGUCCAGCGGUGACUUUCUGCGCCAGAACAUCACGGCUAAUACGGAGGCUGGAAUUUUGGCUAAAACGUACAUAGAGAAAGGUGCUUUGGUGCCAGACCAUGUGAUGACCCGCCUGAUGCUUCCCCGGCUUGAGGAAAUGACCCGCCACAGCUGGCUUUUGGAUGGUUUUCCUCGGACCCUAGCCCAGGCUGAGGCACUAAACAGUGCCUGUGAUCUUGAUGUUGUCAUUAGCCUUAACAUUCCCCUGGAAACGUUAAAGGAAAGACUGCGUCAUCGCUGGAUUCACCCGGCCAGUGGAAGGGUGUAUAACAUGUGCUUUAACCCUCCCCGUGUUCAGGGAGUGGAUGAUAUCACAGGAGAGCCACUGAUUCAACAUGAAGAUGAUAAACCAGAGGCUCUGGUUGCCCGUCUGAGGCACUACAAAGACGUGGCAAAGCCUGUCAUAGAUUUAUACAGGGCCAAAGGCAUCCUACACAUGUUUUCUGACACAGAGACGGACCGCAUCUGGCCAUACGUCAGCUCACUACUGAGUGCUAAGAUCCCGACAGACCAUGCAGACGUUCAGAGGGCCACAACCCACUGAAGAAAUGGUUAAUGUUUUUUUAAUGGUCAAUUCUACACAUCAGAAGAUCAGUUAUCACUGUAUUACAUCAUUCACAUCAUUUUUUGAAAAAGGAAUCAUUCCUUAAAUUCUAUCAAAUGCAGUGUAUCAACAGUGAAUUAUCAGGAUCAUUUUAGGUUAAAAGUGUUAUUUUAGGUUCUGCAAAAAACAUGGCAAAGCUUGCAUCUGUCUUAGAAAUCAUUAGCUCAGAUGUAGAAUACCUGUUGACUAACCUGGAUGUUUUUUUUUUUUUUGUGUGUGUUUUAUAGAAACACAGCUAAAUAUAUGAACUAGAAAUAAGUAGAAUCUUCACAAAUCUGUUUUUUUUUAAAGUUUAUAUGUGGAAUAAGUAAGUGAUAAAGGACAGGUGUCAUGUUUUACAGGAUUCCUGUGAUGUACAGUAUUGUUCAAAAUAAUAGCAGUACAAUGUGACUAACCAGAAUAAUCCAGGUU